AUGGUGGUUCGAAUGCUGGACUACGGCCAUUGGGACGAAUAUUACCCCCUAUAUGAUGUGUAUCUGUGGACCAUUCCGAUUGAACGUCGCAGCUCAGUACUGCUAUUGUUGAUACUUUUACGGGACCCAUUGGGCUUGGCGCUGGGAUGGCUGGUAGUCUUCCUGUUCUUUUUCAAUAUCCCGUAUCGGGCUAUGGUCACGAUUGAUGAGCCGUGUGUGCGCUUCGGACGGUGGGUAGAGCAACGGAUGCUUGCAGCAGCAGACUGA